GGUGUCAAUGUAGCCAGCAGUAAGAGCAGCGUACGCUCGCCCAAAAUACUCAUGGGAGGUGUAGUUUGAUGCUAAGAAGAUCCCUUAAAAGAACAGUGUGCUUUGCUUUUAGCAGCAGCUGUAAUGUUUAGAAUGCCCUUGUAGUAUCCGUUUUUAUGUUGUUUUUUAAGACAAACACAGGUAAUGAGCAUUGCUUAGUGACAGAAGCUUGACCUGGUGGAAGUGGACUUCUACCUGAGUUGUUCCCAUGUUGUUUUUUUUAAAUAUAGAACUACAAUAAACACAUCCACGGGUGUGCCUGUCUCUUUAAGCCGGUACGGAAGUAAACGCAGCAUUGACGCAACACUCAGUGGAAGGUCAGGUUUUCUAUCUCUGCUUCAUUUCAACAGUACUCUUGUUUAACCAAACAACGUUGACAGAGCUGAAGCUAGUUUCUACACACAGCAGUACUUCACUCUAUGACAGCACUAACGUUGCUGACUUUGCUCGGUAGGGCGAGUACCGUGCAGCACCGGUAACAGUUAUUCAUUUUUUGAAUCUGACAGCGCUCGGUCCAACUCUCCCCCUGAUGUCUGGGUCAAAGUGUACGCGGCUGAGCGGGGCUCUGGUGAAACAGGUCCUGGACUCGGUGGACAGCAUCCUGUUCGACUGUGACGGGGUCAUCUGGAGGGGGGACCAGGCCGUCCCCGGCGCCGCUCAGGUCAUAAACCUGCUCAAGGAAAGGGGGAAAAAGGUCUUCUUCGUCACCAACAACAGCACCAAGACCAGGAAGAUGUACGUCGAUAAAAUGUCCACGUUGGGGUUCAACGCGAAGGAGGAGGAGGUGUUUGGGACUGCGUACUGCUCCGCGAUGUACCUGAAGACCGUCUGCGGGCUGGAGGGGAAGGUGUACCUGAUAGGAAGCGACGCGAUGAGCCAGGAGCUGGAGGCGGUGGGGAUCCAGCAGACCGGCGUGGGACCCGACCACGUCACCGGGAAGCAGAACGACUGGGCUAACGUGCCUCUGGAUCCGGACGUGAAGGCGGUGGUGGUCGGUUUCGAUGAACAUUUCAGCUACAUGAAGGUGAACAGGGCCAUGCAGUACCUGACCCAGCCGGCCUGUCUGUUUGUGGGAACCAACAGGGACACCAGGCUGCCCCUGGAGGGAGGCAAGGCAGUCCCAGGUACGGGCUGCCUGCUGCAGGCCGUGGAGACAGCCGCCCAGCGCCAGGCCCAGACGGUGGGCAAACCCAACCACUUCAUGUUCGACUGCGUGGCCUCCAAGUUCGGCGUGGACCCCGGCCGCUGCCUGAUGGUGGGCGACCGCUUGGACACGGACAUCAUGCUGGGCUCCAACUGCGGCCUGAAGACCCUCCUCACCCUCACAGGGGUCAGCACUGUGGCGGACGCCGAUGCCCACCGGGAGAGCGGCUGCGCUGAGAGGCAGGGGAUGGUGCCGGAUUAUUACGUGGAGAGCAUCGCGGACCUUCUUCCAGCUCUGCAGGGAUGAAGCUGCAGCAAGUGUGUCAGGAAUGGAGUGUAGCUAUGUGAAAGCUUAGCAGCUUUAAACCUGAGGACUCUGGCUAGCCCGUCACAUGCCAGACUCCAUUGUCUUCUAAAAGGGAAUAUUUUUCAUUAGAUUAAAAUGAUUAAUCAUCUCUUUAGCUAAGUCACAACCGAGCAGCUGGCUGAUGCGUGUCAGAAGAGACAAAGACUCCACUAUUUAACUAAACCACGAUUAAAACCUGCUAAUUUAACAUGAUAUUAAAGAUUGAUUUAUUAUAAAUAACCUACGAACAAGGAUUUACAGUAUUGAUUCAAUGUGUGUAUGUUCCUUUUUGGGCGAAGGGAGUUAGUAGAGCCCAGCCUGUGAUGCAAUCUCCCCUUAAGUAACUAUAAGUCAAACUCAAGGAGGGAAAUGAGCACAGAAAUGUGUGUCAACAGUUUGGUAAUAUGUGUGUGUCCAGGUUUAUAGCCUUUUUAGAGUCUAUAAGUAACAGGCACAGAUGGGGGCCAAAAGGCACUGAACUGGUCUGACUAGAGCUUUCAGUUUUUUAAUGUAUUUUCACACCUCAGCAGAAAAUGCAAACACUUGCAGUUGUAUUCAUGGGAUGGUGCAUUGCUACCUGGUUAUACCAGGUAUCAGUUCAUUAGUGAAACAGUGAUUAAUAGAAUGUUUUAAAGGUAACCCAAUGUUCCUUUUACCUCCUGUUUUCUCUGACUUGUCCUUGACUCCCUGAAUCACUGAAAGUAAUGCUCAAUUAUAAAAAUAAAACUCAAACUAUC